GCUUCGAGACGUGAGUGGUACGACGGGGUGCCGGAGCUUGACGGCGGCGAGGGUGCAACAGCUUGCCCUGCUGUGCUGAACGAGUCGUCGGCGUGGUCUGGGGCGGCGAGUAGUACGAUGGGGUGAUGGAGCUUCAUGGCGGCGUUGGGUAGGCCGCCUAGGUCAUCCAUCGUUUCCGAUUCAGAUCUAGGCUUCAAUCUGUUACAAGACUGGAACAACUGGCUCCCAUUCACUUCUCAUAGGGAUUUCUAUUCUAAAGAAGGAGCAAGCGAAAAUUUUGUCUCAGGGUGUAGGGACAGAUUUCUUAUAUCACCUGGAUCUGGGAGGACCUGCGAGAGCCGACAAGAUCCGUUUGGAACAAGCUGCAGCAUAUGUUCCAGAGAAUACCAGGUUUAUCCAAUACGUGGAAGAACAAGUGGAUAUGAGUAGAGCGAAGAUAGCCCAGCUUGAGGCUAAACUGUAGGAAACUUUAACUGAAGUGCAGUUUAAAGCAAAGAAGGCCAAGAUACUUCAUAACAUUCAGCUUACCUGAGUAGAUGGUGCCACGAAUUCAGCAUCAAGCUGGCUCCGAAUUAGAUUACCCUUACCAACAGAUUGUAAUACUGCUUUUGAUUAUCUUUCUUUGAUCACAGCUACAUUUUCCAUGCGAUCAGAAAUGAACUUUGUCCAGCGAUAGUGUGCAGCUUGAACACUA